GUAAUUUGAGGCGUUGGAAUGGGGGUAUAUAUAGUUGGGUUGAGUCUCGAGGAUAGGGUGGUCUUGUUUUCUUGUUCAGCUACACUCUUUUUGACGUUUCUUUCUUGUAUAUUCUAUUCGAUCCAGACUUUGUUCAUUCAUUUGUUAGUAUGAAGCUCAGCUCUCUGAUCUUCGCCGCAGCGGCCGGUUCCGCUGUGGCUGCCCCGGCGCAUACCAAGCGAGCUGGUGCUCUUGAAUGGCUGGGAACCAACGAAUCCGGUGCCGAGUUUGGUGAAGACACCGUUCCCGGAGUCUAUGGCACGGAAUACAUCUUCCCUGACCCGGCGACCAUCAAAACCCUCGUCGGCAAGGGCAUGAACAUGUUCCGCGUCCAGUUCCUGAUGGAGCGCCUGGUGCCCGAGAAGAUGACCGGGACGUACGACGAGGCGUAUCUGAAGAAUCUGACGGAGGUGAUCAACGGCAUCACCGACCAAGGCGUCCAUGCUAUCCUGGACCCGCACAACUACGGCAGAUACAACGGCGAGAUCAUCACCGCCACGGCCGACUUCCAGACCUUCUGGGAGAAUCUCGCCGGCAAGUUCAAGGGCAACGAGCUUGUUGUGUUCGACACGAACAAUGAAUACCAUGAGAUGGACCAAGAGCUCGUCCUCAACCUCAACCAGGCCGCCAUCGACGGAAUCCGUGCCUCGGGCGCAACCGAGCAGUGGAUCUUCGCCGAGGGCAACUCCUGGUCGGGAGCGUGGACCUGGGUCGAGGUCAACGACAACCUGAAAGCGCUCAAGGAUCCAUCGGACAAGCUCGUCUACCAGAUGCACCAGUAUCUGGACGCCGACGGGUCCGGCACCUCGGAGACAUGCGUGUCGGAGACGAUCGGGACCGAACGUCUGCAGGCUGCGACGGAGUGGCUGCGCGAGAACGAGAAGGUCGGCGUGAUCGGAGAGUUCGCGGGAGGCGUGAACGACGUAUGCAAGAAGGCGUUGACCGGGUUCCUGGACACGUUGGUUGAGAACGAGGAUGUCUGGAAGGGCGCGCUCUGGUGGGCGGCGGGCCCGUGGUGGGCGGACUACAUGUUCAACAUGGAGCCCGAGCAGGGACCGGCUUAUGCGGGGGGAAUGUUCGAUCUGAUCAAGGGGUAUAUGGGGAAGAAGCAGUAGUGCUCAUUCGUCGACCCUGUUGUGUGUGUGUGUGAGGGAAAUGAUGUACUACCAGGCAGAAUGUAAAAGGAUCCGGUAAACUUGCUGCCUGGUCGUGGUCCUGUGUUCCUGACUCGACCAUGGGCCGUGAUAAUCGUCGACCCACUGAGGGAUCUGGAGACUCUGUCUGACACGUCCUCAUCAAUCUGAUACGGGUCUCGACUCGUCCAUAUUUACCAUCCUGACCAUUGACCAUCAG